AUGAUGGACAUCUCACGCAGCAACUCUCCCGCCCCCGGCACCGGCUCGACAAACGGCGACGUCAGUACACCGGGAGGAGCAUCGGCAUCGGCCGCAGCAGCAGGCGACGUCAAACUCCGCCGAGCCCACCGGAAAUCUCGCAACGGAUGCAAAGAAUGCAAGCGCCGCCACGUGAAAUGCGACGAAACACGCCCGACCUGCGUCAACUGCGCAACAGCUGAGCGACACUGCUCCUACCUCGACUCCCUUCCGGCAUCGGCUCGCUCUUCCGCCGUCUCCUCUGGCCCGGCCGCCAAGCGAGCAGCCGCAGCCGCCGCCCUCGUCGCCAGCCCAGCGGGCAGCUCCGGUAGCAAUGGCAAUGGCGCCUCCGCCGCCGCAACAGCGGCUGCCUUUGCAACCUCACCUUCCAUCACCACAGUCGUAAACGACUUUGUCAUGCGCACCGAAGAUGACCGCGGCGUACCGAGCCCCCCUAACGGCCAAUUCUUUACCCUCGAACACAUGCGCCUCCUCCACCACCUGGAAACCCGUAUGGGCACCUUCAUGGCCGCAGACGUAUUUAUGAAACCCUUGGUUGACAUGAACCUCGAGGCUGCCCUCCACGCCCCUUACCUCAUGGACGUCCUCCUUGGUCUUUCUGCCCAGCACAUGGCCGAGCUGAAUCCCCAACGCGCUGAUUUCUACCAGCAUGAGGCAACCCAGCUCCAGACCCGCGCUCUCAUGUUGUUCAACGACGCCAAGGAGGAAAUCGACGAUGACACCUGCAUCCCAAUGUUCCUCUUCGCAUCCUGCCUCGGAACUCAGGUCCUCUGCGAUACCCUCCGCAGCUACCGUAGCGACUUCAACGGAUUUCUCGACCAAUUCGCCUGGUACCUCAAUCUUCACCGCGGCGUUAGCACCGUCACCGGCCGUUCCUGGCACAUCAUCCGCGAAUCCGGUUGCAAGCCCUUUGUCGACUUCCUGGAAUCUAAUAAGCCCGACCCGAACGAGCGCUCCGAAGUCGACAUCCUUCACAGUAUGCUCGACCAAGCCGAUCUCGGCCCCGUCUCCCUCCAAGCCUGCCGUGAUGCAACAGAGUCUUUACGGCAGUCGUACUCCAUCUACCGCAGCAUUGCCAUGAAAUCCAGGCAUCAAUCCGCCUCCGUCAUGGCCUUCGGAGUCCGCGUCACAACAGGCUUCAUCGACGUCGUUAAGCAGCGCCGCCCGGAAGCCCUCGUCAUCCUCGCCUUCUACGCUGUCCUCCUUCACUGGUGCCGCAGUUACUGGAUCUUUGGAGACGCUGGCCAGUGGAUCAUCCGCUCCGUCUCGGCGCAUUUAGGAGAUUACUGGUCAGAGUGGCUGGCCUUCCCUCAAGCAGUGCUCGAGGUGCAUGCAGGCUGA